AUGACGUCUCGACAGCGCCGAUGGCACUUUUACGAUCUGGUCCAGAAGAAUGCAUUCGUAAAGGGCAUGAUCAUCAACUAUCCAUCUAUGAACAUCUGCCAGGCAAACGAUCCCAACGCUGUACAGACGCAGUUUGGGGCAUUAGGCACCGCAGGCGGAAGCGGCCCAUUGGCAAAGUCUACGGCUAUCCGGGUAGAUUGCUUCGGACUGAAAAAGGAGGGAGACGACGAAUACUACUGCUGGGACGAAGACUUGAAGAGGAACGUCGCUGUCACUCCGGGAAAGGGGGUCUAUGACAUAGCCAAAUAUUGUCCGUACCAGCCCGUAACCGGCUCAUUUGGCAACAUACUAGACUCCAUUAGGCUUCCGCGCGAUUCUCGCAUUCAGGUACACGGAACGAUCGAUGAACAGGUUCUGAACUCCAUUCUUCAAAAGCGAGCGCGGCGACUUCUCCAGAAGUUAACCUUGACUAUGCCACCGGAAAUGUGGAUUGAGGUAGUUCAGAAACGUCUCGACAAUGACAAGGAAGCCCUUCAAAUGCAGAAAGAUAGAAUCAGCAGCGAGCAGACGAAGCGGAGGCAGCGUCCCAAAGACCAACCCCAUCAACAUGCAAAGACUGGACAAGCUCAGCCACAAGCCCUCGAUGAGCGCAAUACAAAAGCAGGCUCCAAACGCCAGGCCGUCCGGAGUGAUACAACCAUGAAGACGUAUGACACGAAGCGAGCUAGGACGUCGACGGACGUCAGCAUGCGCACCCCUGCCUCUAUCCUUCAUGCAGACUUCCGGGGAGUCACAACCACUGAGUGGCCCAACAACAUGCGCGGUCCGCCAAUUCAGGGUCCACCCAGCCGAAUUCCAGUGGCUCGACGCGACAAAGGCCCAGGCAGCAAUGGCGGAAGCUUCACUGCCCCCCAGAAUAUGCCGCCACCACCACCGCAGCGCCGUUGGCCCCUCGGCAGACAACUUCCAGGAAACCGUCCGCGGACCACCGACGAUCGCGUGCGCGAACCUGCACUUCCCGACCAAGUACCUGAGACCCGCAAGCGUCGCAACAGUUAUACCAACGAACACGACAAUGAAGACUAG